AUGGCAAAGCUUCCAACCGACGACACAGAUUGGGUGCAAACCGAUCUACCAGACUGGCAAGCAGCCAUUUACGACAUCGACACUGAAACUCCGCACAACAUAUCGACCCUGGAUCCGAUGACUAACAGCACUCUACGCACCCUCCGGAACAAAGGGAUGGAAGCAAAUGCGUACCUCGCAUACAUCGUGCAGAAUUACAACAACCUACCCUCAACAAUUGCGUUCAUUCAUCCACACAAGGACGGCUAUCCGAUUGCAUGGCAUACCGACAACCAAGAGCAUUCCAACGUCGUCUCUCUGCAAAGUCUCAACAUCAAUUUUAUCCAGAGCAACGGCUACGCGAAUCUGCGUUGCGUCAACGAUCCCGGCUGUCCGCACGAAGUGAUGCCUUUCCGAGAUCCGCCUGAGGAGCAUCGAACGAUCGAGGCAGCGAUGCCGGACGCGUGGCGAGAGUUGUUCAACAACACGGGUGUACCACAUAUACUGGCGACGCCUUGCUGCGCGCAGUUCGCCGUGUCGAGCGAGCAGGUACGAAAGCGGUCGUUGGACGAGUACCAAAGGUAUUACACGUGGUUGAUGGAAACUCCGCUGAAGGACGAGACAAGCGGGAGGGUGUUCGAGUACCUUUGGCACAUUCUGUUUGGGCAGGAGCCCGUUUACUGUCCCGCAUAUGAGAAGUGCUAUUGCGACGUGUAUAACAGAUGUUGA